CGGGUCCUCCCUCCUGCCUUUCACAUGAUCUGUAAUCUCUCACAGAGGAGAAACACAGGAAUGUGGAGAGCAGCUACAACAGCCAUGACCGAGCGGAGCCGCGGUGCCUCCAAGAUGCGUUUAUGUUCCACUGUGGCCAUCUGGGUGGCAUUCAUCCACUGCGUCGCUGCAAUUCCCUGGACUCAAGAAAAGCUCCAUCACCGAGCCGUGACUCUGACACAAGAGGAGAUCGUGGCCGCCCUGACCCCCACUGACCUGGAGCAGAUGUGGCAGAGGGACCUGAGGCCGCUGCUGGUCACCAGGUACCCGGGCUCUCCGGGCAGCCGGGCCGUGCAGGAGCAUAUCAAGACAACCCUGGGUUCCCUCGGAGCCGGCUGGGAGUUGACGGAGGAUGCUUUUGUGUCACAAACGCCGUACGGCCAACUGCCCUUCACUAACAUAAUUGCCAACCUCAACUCGUCAGCCAGUCGCCGCCUGGUGCUGGCCUGUCACUACGACUCCAAGUACUACCCGCCGCAGUGGCACGGGAGGGAGUUCCAAGGUGCCACCGAUUCUGCCACUCCCUGUGCCAUGAUGUUGGAGCUGGCCCGCACCCUGGAUGAAGAACUAAAAGCUCAGAAGGGCACGAGUGCCGACCUGACCCUGCAGUUGCUCUUCUUUGAUGGAGAGGAGGCUCUUUUCCAGUGGACCGCCACAGACUCCCUUUAUGGCUCUCGCCACCUGGCCCAGAAGAUGGAGACCACCCCACAUCCCGCCGGAGCCACGGACACAAACCAGCUGCACGCCAUGGAUCUGUUUGUGUUGUUGGACCUGAUCGGGGGCCCCGACCCACACUUCUACAACCAGUUCCCCAACUCAACGCACUGGCUCUCCAGGCUGCAGAGCAUUGAGAAGCGUUUACACUCCAUGAACCAGCUUGUGGAUCAUCCUCACGACGUGCAAUACUUCUGGCCCAAUCAACUUGUUGGCCACAUCCAAGAUGAUCACGUCCCAUUCCUAAACAGAGGUGUACCCAUCCUCCACCUCAUCCCCUCCCCAUUCCCGUCCGUGUGGCACACGUUUGACGACAACGAGCAGAACCUGGAUCGCUCUACCAUUCAGAACCUCAACAAGAUCAUGCAGGUGUUUGUUCUGGAGUACCUCGACGCCAGACCCACCAUCAUCCCUUCAAACCCACAGAACGCCCUAUAAAAAAAAGUGCUUUUUUUCAAAAUGGUAUAUCGAAUCGACAACUAUGUUUCUUUUGAUGUUUCCCUGUAGUAAAGAUCUUCAGACUAAAAGAAUAGACUGUAUUUAACGCUGUUUAAACACCAACUAAAUGUAGUACGUGACAAUUAAGACGUGAGGUUGAGACUCAACUCUGGGUGCAGCUGCAGAAAACAUUUUACAAGCAUCAUUUUUAAAUCUGACAAUGUAAUUAAAUGUCACUUCUUCCUUUGGACUCAUAAAAGGCUUCAAGACUGAAGCUUAAUCAUCACUUCAAAUCCCAAGUCCCCCGGCAACAAGAUCGAGACACAGCAUCUUCUGUGUGUGGGGUUUAUGUGUUUCACCACAGUGCUCUCUUUAUAUAUCGGCUCCUUUACAUGGGAUGAGGCAUCUGAGUGUCAGUGAUGGUGUCUCGAAUCUGGUGUCCCAAAGAGAAGGAAAAAGAGCAGUGCAGGCGUUCAGGAACAUAAUAAUUGUGAUCAGUUAAAAGGCCAUGACUCUCUUUAUGUUUUAUCCACCUUCAUUUACAUGGAAUGAAGUAUAUGAAUGCAUUGCAAGUCCAAAAUAUGUGAUAAUUUCAACUGUAGCCAUGUAAUAGCAUCUCUGAUCUGGCAUGUUGUGUGAUGAAUAUAUAAAAUAUGAUGACCCACA